AUGCUUAUUUUCAAUCGUAUUAUAUACAGUGUAAUAACGCUAUCAUAUCAUAAAAGUACUCGUACGUCACAGAUUGUNGCCGGACUCCUUGCUGCCGCUCUGUUUGUGUUGUUUGGUGGUGAUACGUUAAGCUCUACAUUAGCACCUUUACUGAACCCUAUAGGCGCAGACUCGCUCCCUAUAGGCGAGAUUCUUAAGUCGGGGGCGUACGUCCUCAUUGGCGUGGGGGCGCUGGUUCUGAUCCUGGGUUUUCUGGGUUGUUGCGGGGCCAUCUGUAAGUCCGUCUGCAUGAUAGACUUUUAUGCAGGCAUCGUGGCGCUGUUGCUGAUUGUGGAAAUUGUGUUAGUUGUGCUUUUCUUCGUCAUAGAAGACAAGGUCGAUCAGCAGUUAAAAGACUGGCUCAAUGUAACCCUGGUGAAUAAUUUCCAAGGUCUUCCCAUCCCCAUAAGCACCGACAAUAUCGACGCAUUGUCCCUCGGAUGGAGCUUUUUACAAAUCUCGUUUAAUUGCUGCGGGAUCAACAAUUACACAGACCUACAUUACGCAACACAAUGGAACCGCAACGUUUCAGAUAACUUCACUCUACAACUGAACUAUCUUCUGAACACCCCCAACGCGACGCAGCGCCUGGAGCUGGCGCCCUCUUGCUGCAAGAUGAACGGGCAAUUCCCUGACGUCACACCCGUCGACAUCUCGUGUCUCGUUAAUCCGAACACAACUAAUGCCAACAUAGAAAAGGGUUGUUACCAGGCACUGAAAGAUGCCCUUCUGUCCAAUAGUGAACUUCUUAUGGGGGUCGGCAUAGCCGUGGGUGCAGUGGAGUUGGGCGUGGUCGUGUUGUCUUGCUUCCUCUGUUCGGCAUUCAACAACGAGAAAAAGAUAAGACCGGCCGAACCGACAAAACCGGCCGAAACGACACAACCGGCCAAACCGCCUCCACCAGCGGAACCCGCAGCGAAGACCUCGAGCUGACGAGACAGUGAUUUCUGUACGCACACGAUGACAACGUAUUCACAUUAUUAAGCAUAUCCAAUAAAAAUUGGCUUAUGAAUUCUUUAAGCCAAAUACGUAGGCGUCUCCAGUAUGGCGGAGUAACGCGACUUACACUCUUGCUAAAAAUGAUGGAAUGUUCCAACAGAAUAUUACAUUUGUGAUUUCAAUAAGUUUUAAACUUGUAUGCCAACAAAUUAUUAUUCUACCAACUCAUUAGUGUUUUAUUGUAAUUUGAUGUUUUAUUAUUAGUCUUUUAUGGUAUUUCUUGUUUUAGUACGCGAAGGAUAGCACUUGUUAAACAUUAAUGAAAACCAGAGUUGGUCAAAGGACUGUAAUAUACAGUCAAAGUGUAUCGCUUUUGUAUAAUUGCUGCAGCUUUUAUAUUGUAACGGUGAUCUCCCUGCAACAGAAGUUGCAAGAAACGUGGCAUUGUACCGCGCUCGAUUUCUAAAUCUAUUUUAUUUGACUGUGAUCAUAUGUUUCUUAUUUU